UCUAGUUUAUGUUCUUGAAAGUUUCCCUCUUGUUUUUCGUACAUUUUUUGUGUGGACUCUUCGUAUCUUCACUGCAACCACAUCAUUACCCGAUCGUGGGAUAAAUAAAGUCUAUCCGAUAUAAAGUAUUGUUAGUGUGCACGUCAUCAACUGUCACCUAGUCAUUGUUUACGUGGCAGUUACAUCAGGCGGAUGUGAUGCACGCCAGGCCGCCAGGGGGCGCAUGACAGUUACACCACGUUGUGGGUCAAAAUGUCGACCAGUCACACAAAUCCUACUGAGGCCAUGGCUUUAGUUCUUAGCUGUCCUAUCUGCCUGCAGCUGUACUCUGAGCCGGCCUCUCUGCCCUGCGGUCAUAUCUACUGCCGUGCAUGCAUCGUAGCGCUGGGAGAAGGUCUGGACCAUCACAGCUGCCCAGAGUGCCGGGUGGACUACCAGGGGAACCAGGCGCUUGUGACCAGUUUUAAAAUGUGCAGCGUUGUCCAGUCCUACAAGGCCUCUGCAGCCAAAGGUGCGGCUGACUCCGGUCCAAUUUGUACGGACAGCAACGUGGAGACAAGUGAAUCCAAACCUCAGACUGGACUGACCAAGUUGAAACUGCCGUCUCACGUCACGAAGUUAGCCGCCCAGUUGGAGAUAGCGGAGGAUGCGCUGAAGGAAAAGGAGGCUGAGUUGAUGGCUGCUAACGAGCAGCAGAGAGAGCAAGCAUCCAAACAUCUGCAGCAGGUGAGUGAAGUCCUGCACCAGUACCAAGUGCAGGUGUGGCAGGUGAUCGAAGACGAGCUCUCCCCGGGCGAGGCCAGCAUGAAGCGGACAGUCCACCAGGCUGGUCAGCUGACCCAGCACCUGAGACGCGUCCUGCUCAGAGCAGAGUCUCUAAGCGAGGAAGACCAGGCAGAGUUCCCAGAAGACCUUCAACCGCAAUUCCAGGAUCUGAUCGGAAGACUCACCGGAGACCAUCAGGACCACGUGGAGUCCAAACUCAGCCCGGCUCGGGUCAUUCCCAAGUUGGAGCAAUUGAAGGCGGAGCUCAAUGAAAGACUGGGCGUGAUUCAUCACUCCCUUCGCAACACCUUCAACCCGUCCGAGGUGACCUUCGACCUGGGGACAGCUCACCCUAACCUUGUCCUCUCAGAGGACUUGAAGACGGUGACGUUCAGCGCUACCAAGCUGCCCUACCCGCCGUCACCUCAAAGAUUCACAAGCUUCCUCCAGGUGCUCAGCUCCCAGAGCUUUUACCAAGGCGAUCACUGCUGGGAGGUGGAGCUCGACGGCGCCCCCUGGAUCGUUGGUGUGUGCAACGGCAGGACACUGGAGCGAAGCGGCCUGCCCUCAGCUCUGGAAAGCAGCCGGGGCUCCUGGUGCCUAAUGUGGUUCGAGAACUUGCUGACAGCCUUCCAGCGGGGCCGGGAUGUGCCGCUGAUGAGGACCACGGUCUCCUGCAGGCUGGAGAUCAGGCUGAGCUGCAGCAGCCGCACGCUGAGCUUCUACAACAUCGGCUCCGGUGCUGGGAAGACGCUGGUGCACGCUUGUGAGGUGGACCUGACUGAACCUGCACACCUGGCCUACAGGAUGAUGUCAGGGCACCCCAAAGCACGUAUCACAAUCAUCUCAUAAUCUUAGCUUGGGAGUCCAAAGGCUGGCUUUUGUGACACACUUCCUGUUUCAACACUAAUCACACACAGUUCCGGGAUGCAGUUGUGAAUGAUUUCAUAUAUAUGCUGUAUAUACAAAAUUUUACUGUAAAAUAGUGUUUUGUUUGUUUUUUGUUGUUGUUUUUUACAACAUUUUACGGUAAAUGGAAAAACAUUACCAAUGUUUUUUGGGGGUUUUACGUAAAAAGCUGGCAGCUUAGUUGCCAGAAUUUUACUGUUAAAUGAACAUUGGUUUUUACAACAAUAUAUUGUUCAUGGAAAAACAGUACAAGUUCUUUUUUUAUUCUGGCAACUUAGCUGCCAGUUUUUCUACCGUAAAAACAAAUGUACCGUCUUUCCAUUUACAGUAAUACACCGUUAAAAACAACCCUAGAUCUUACAGUCAAAAACUGGCAGCUCAGUCAACACAAUUUUACAGCAAAAAACAGUAAUAUAUAUAUAUAUAUAUACACAAAAAUUUUGAUUCGGUACGUACCUCGGUUUAGAGGUCACGGUUCGGUUCAUUUUCGGUACAGUAAGAAAACAACAAAAUAUAAAUUUACCAAUUUUGUAAACAAUGGCUUUAUCCUUUUAACAUUGGGAACACUAUAAUAAUUCUGCCCACGUUAAUCAACAUUAAACUGCCUCAAGUUGUUGCUCAGAUGAAAUACAAUGACAAAACUUUUCUUCUACAUAUAAAAAGUGCAACAUUAAACAGUUUCAAGUCAACUCAUCAUGUAAUAUUUAUUACAGCAUUCGGGAAGCUUGUAGUUGACACACACACACCGCAAAAUGAGCUAACGUUACGCUAAAAGCGAAUUAGCCUUCACCUCAAGCCAGGACUGCGAGCGAGCUGAACUGCCUUUUAUAUUUCUAGAAGGUCAACAGGCUCAUAUUGAUGUUAGUAGUAGUUGACUGGGAGGUGUUUAUUAUAAUUUCAGGAGAGUCCGCUGCUUAUUGCUUACCUGCUA